AUGGCUGCUUCUCGAUCCACUCGUGUGACAAGAUCUACAGUGGGUUUAAACGGUCUGGAUGAAAACUUCUGUGGCAGAACCCUGAGGAACCGCAGCAUCGCUCACCCCGAGGAGGUCUCGCCCCACCCUCAGAUCCGGUCGAGGUCACCAAAGAAGAGGCCCGAGGCCGUGCAGGCCCCCAAGGGCACCGCCGGCGGCAGAGCCGCUGAGGUGAAGCAGCAGAGCGCUCGGGAGCCGUGGGUGAGCCCCAGGAAGAGAGGGCUGUCAUCCUCCGAGAAGGACCAUGCGGACAGGCAGCCCGCCGAGCACGGCGAGAGGCGGCCGGCGGAGCCCGCGUCGCCCGUGCUGAAGAGGAUCAAGCGCUGCCUGCGCUCCGAGGCUCCCGCCGGCUCCGAGGAGCUGCCUCCCAAAGCCGACAGGGAGCCGGCCGAGCGCAAGAGCUCCGGCUCGGACAAUGACGCGGCCGCCAAGCGGGCUUGCCGGUGUCUCCUACUGGAUGAUUGUGAGAAAAGGGAGGUUAAAAAGGUGAACGCCUGCGCCGAGGGGUUGCACAACUCCGCGGCGGCCGAGGAGGUGGCGGGUUAUCAGGCUGUCAAUGGAGUCGGGGAGAGGGACUCCAAUUCUCUGGGCUGUGACGAGUGCCAGCUCGAUGGGAACGCGAAGCAGAACAGCGCCGGUUCCCGCCCGCCCAAGGACAAACCGGUAGCAGAAAACGGAAACUCGUUUGCCCACUCUUCGCCGCUGCUUCCCAGCGGCAAAGAGGACGGUGUCGUAGACCAUUAUGUGCCUUGCACAAACUCUCAAGAACAGGUAAAGUUGGAGGACCACAAAACAAUAAAUGACUGCUCGCCCGAGGAGCGUGGCAAUCAGGCCUACGAGCCAGCCCCGGGGUCCUUUUCUGAAACCCAGCCAUCUUUGCUGAGGGACUCGGAGGAGGAGGUGGACGUGGUGGGAGAUAGCAGUGCCUCUAAGGAACAGUGUGCUGAGAACACCCCCAGCAGCCCCAGCGCUCACCACGACAGUGCAGCAUCCAUCUCAGGUGAACCUGAAGCGCGUCCCGCGGCGCUGAACUGCGCGCCAGCCCCGGUGACGUCCGUGCUGGACCUGCAGGAGCACAGAUACACGUUGAGAACUUCCCCCCGCAGGGCCGGUCCCGCCAAAAACAACUCCCCCUGCCGAGAAAACGGGCAGCUGGAGGAGAACAACCUCAGCCCUGCUGAUAAGAACGGACCUGUAGGUAUCCCCAACGUCAACGGAUCCCCCCAAAAGCCCGAAGAAAUCAAGCAGAACGAGAAGGAGAGGAGUUGUAACGCGGGGGAUAGCGGGAGUGACGCGCUGAGGAAGCCACUUGCUGAGGCUAGGCUUGUUGCUGGAUGUGUCCCAUCUGCCAAAGAGAGUGCCAACAUCCACCCCGCAGAGGAGGAUGAGGAAGAGCCCGAUGUGUAUUACUUUGAAUCAGAUCAUGUGGCAUUGAAACACAACAAAGAUUAUCAGAGACUGUUACAGACGAUUGCUGUGCUCGAGGCUCAACGGACUCAAGCAGUUCAAGACCUUGAAAGUUUAGGCAGACACCAGAGAGAAGCACUGAAAGAUCCUAUUGGAUUUGUGGAAAGACUCCAGAAGAAGGUUGAUAUGGGUCUUCCAUAUCCUCAGAGAGUUGUUCAGCUCCCUGAGAUUGCCUGGGACCAAUACACCACUAGCCUUGGGAACUUCGAGAGGGAAUUCAAGAACCGCAAACGGAACAGCAGGAGAGUGAAGCUGAUUUUUGACAAAGUAGGUAUACCUGCCAGACCAAAAAGUCCUUUGGAUCCCAAGAAGGAUGGAGAGGCUGUUUCAUACUCUGUCUUGCCUUUAAGCGAUGGUCCAGAAGGUUCUACCAACAGUCGUCCCCAGAUGAUAAGGGGGCGACUUUGUGAUGAGACCAAACCUGAAACCUUUAACCAGCUGUGGACUGUAGAGGAACAGAAAAAACUCGAGCAGUUGCUUCUGAAGUAUCCACCCGAGGAAGUGGAGUCCCGCCGGUGGCAGAAGAUUGCUGAUGAACUGGGAAACAGGACAGCAAAGCAGGUUGCCAGUAGAGUGCAAAAAUAUUUUAUUAAGCUGACUAAAGCUGGUAUUCCAGUUCCAGGAAGAACUCCAAACUUAUAUUUAUAUUCCAAAAAGUCAUCCAGUAGACGGCAACAUCCCUUAAAUAAACACCUUUUCAAACCUUCAACUUUCAUGACAUCCCACGAACCCCCCGUUUACAUGGAUGAGGACGAUGACAGGUGCAGUUUUCACAGCCAUAUGGACGCUGCAGCAGAAGAGGAAGUGUCGGAUGAAGAGAGUAUUCCAGUGACAUACCGAGAGUUACCCGAGUACAAAGAGCUGCUGGAGUUCAAGAAGCUGAAGAAGCAGAAGCUGCAGCAGAUGCAUGCAGAGAGUGGCUUUGUGCAGCACGUGGGCUUCAAGUGCGACAACUGCGGGAUCGAGCCCAUCCAGGGGGUGCGGUGGCACUGCCAGGACUGUCCCCAGGAGAUGUCCUUGGAUUUCUGUGAUUCCUGUUCUGACUGUCUGCAUGAAACAGAGAUUCAUAAGGAAGAUCACCAGUUAGAACCUAUUUACAGAGCAGAGACAUUUUUAGACAGAGACUACUGCAUGUCCCAGGGCACCAGUUACAAUUAUCUUGACCCAAACUACUUUCCAGCAAAUAGAUGACAUGGGAAGCAGAUCUCCCACCUUGGGUUUCCUUGUCCUCUUGGCAAAAUUAACAAUGGCACCAUUGUUAACUCUGUGCACAUUUUGGAAAGACUCUGCUUUCCCUGAAAUGUCACUCACAGCAGGACGAGCUUCCUGGGUGCACCUUGUGCAACUGCAGCUCGGAGCUGUCAUGGCUCUGCAGAUCACUGAACAGCAGCUGAACAUUCCUGGUGUGCAGGAAGGUUCCACUGGGGAGGCUUUUUCUCACCACGUCAGACGCUUUUAGGGGGUGGUGAAUGGAAGCAAAAAGAGAAAAAAAAACAAACAUUCAAAAAGGGUGAGCCAGAACUGAGAGCACACGUUACAAAGAUAGAGGAAAAUUCCAAAGGCUUCGAGGAACUCGGUUAAUAAUGACGAGAUCAGAGGAGAUGAAGUAUUUAUAUAAAACCAGUUUAGUAGCUUGCAGUUUUGUCGUGAAAUAGUUUUCAGCACAGUAACUGACUCCUUUAGGCGAGGUUUUAACCGAUGACAGUGUUUGCUUCUAGGCUGUACUCUAAAAAUCCUCCCUGUCUGGGUGAGGGUUGGUUCCAGGCCUUUCUUCAGUCGGAGCUGCUUGAUCAUGGUCGACUUUCGAGUUUUUUAAUUUCGUUUUUUUUUUUUUUUUAAAAAAAACCACGAUGAACUCUAAUUUACCAACGGCGAAGCACUACAGGGGGCAACUGUGGCAUUGCUUCCUUAACCAGCUCAUGGUGUGUGAAUGUUAUAAAAUUGUCACUCAGAUAUAUUUUUUAAAUGUAAUGUUAUAUAAGAUGAUCAUGUGAUGUGUACAAAAUAUGGUGAAAAGUGCCAGUGCUAGUAACUGUGUAAAGUCUCUAAUACUCGACAUUAACUCCUUUAAAAUAAAAUACACAGCCUUCUGCCUCUGUAUUUGGAGUUGUUAGUGCAACUCAUCAAAGAAAAAAACUGCCUAAUAUAAAUCAUAUAUAUGGUAAUAAUUUUUCCUCUUUUGUAGUCUGCACAAGAUCCAUGAAAGAUUGUAUUUUUAUUACUAUUUAAACAGUGAUUAAAUUUAGCCUGAGCAGUGAGCAAGGGUUCACAUGCAUUCUUUUAUACUGCUGGAUUUUGUUGUGCAUCAUUUAAAACAUUUUGUAUGUUCCUUCUUAUCUGUGUAUACAGUAUGUUCUUAAAUAAUGUUCGAUUGUCGGGAGAACUGUGAGAAAUAAACUCUGUGGAUCCAGUCUGUUUAUAUAUAGAA